CCCUUUAGCCCAUUGGGAUCCCACUUUACCCUAUUAGCCCAUCCCGAAGACAGAGGAGGCGCUGCAGGGCAGGCGCACUCAUGCCGCCGCCGUUUGAUGGCCGACGCCGCCGCAUCACCGUCCCCUCCCUUGCAGCUUCUUGCCGUUCCAAUCAACACUCGUCGAUCCCCUCGACCCCGGCCGGACGGGAUGGUCAGGUCGCCGGCAACCCCCACCCCGACCCCCAGGUCGCCGGCUGCCCCAAACCCGACCUCCAGCUCGCCGGCUGCCCCAAACCCGAUCUCCAGCUCGGCGGCUGCCCCAAACCAGACCCCCAGCUCGGCGGCUGUAGAUCUUGAGGAGCACAAGGGUACUGGUGAGCUCUUGCGUGCCAUAAAAAUUGAGAAGGCUAAUGGCCCGGAUCUUGAGGAGCACAAGGCUGCUAGUGAGCUCCAUGUGGAACCACCAAAGUGCAAGAAAAGGAAGCGAAGUAGGCAGAGUAGCAUCGAGCUUCAUGUAGAACACCAACAAACAAACAAAGUCGUCAUGAAGCCGUCGACGUCCAAGAAAAAGAGGAAGGCAAAUGAAGGAAUGUGCACUAAUCCACCGGCACCAUUGCUUGGACCUUUGGCCGUUGACAUGGAUAAGCAGGCACCACCAUUAAAGAAGAAAAGGCUUAAUAAGAGAGAUGCUGCAACUAUACCAUCAUCCGGAUCUUUGCCCAUUGACAAGGAUAGGCAGCCAUCACCUGGAUCUUUGCCUGUUGACAAGGAUAAGCAGCCUUCACCUGGAUCUUUGCCCCUUGACAAUAAUAAGCAGCCAUCAUCUGGAUCUUUGCCCGUUGACAAGAAUAAGCAUCCAUCACUAUCCAAAAAAGUGGUAAGGUCUCCAGUCCUUAACAAUGUCGUAGUUUCAUUCUUAGCAAGAAGAGAAAAAAGGCUAAGUCACUAGAGAGCUCUCCAACGUCACAGCCUUCACUGCUAGCUCUGUCACCCAAAGUAGCAAACCUUGGUUCACGCAGACCACGAAAAUUAAAAUAAAAAAUUUGGAAUGAGGCAGAGCCAAUCUAUGUUGAUGGAAUGCUUGCACAUGGUCGUUGCAUUUAUUGCAACAAACUCUUUUCUGCCUCAAAAAAGUCAGGUACAAGUCACAUCGGUAAACAUUUGGUGAUAUGUGAAGAAAAAGCUAAAAUGGAUGGUAUGGUUGCCAAGAUACAAACUGAUAGUGCAAUUGAUCCAGAGUGGAAGUUUGACCAAGGGCGUGCACGUAGAGCACUAACAAAGUUGAUUGUGCAACAUGAAUUACCUUUCACUUUUGUUGAAUAUCCUGGCUUUAGAUCCUUUGUUAAGACGUUGAAUCCAUGGUUCAACGUGGUAUGCAGAGAAACAAUUAAACAGGAUUGCAUUGAUGCAUAUGAUAGACACAAAAAAGAAAUUCAAGCACUUUUUAGCAAUCUAAGUUCUCGAGUAUCAUUAACGGGUGACAUGUGGACGUCCAAUCAGAAGCUGGGUUAUUUAUGCAUAACUGCCCACUUUAUUGAUGGCUCAUGGACUCUACAAAACAGAAUAAUCACAUUUUGCCUCUUGGAAACUCCACACAACGCUCAUAACAUGUUUGACAUGGUGCAAAAGAGCUUGAGAGAUUGGAAUAUUGAAGACAAAAUCUUUAGCUUUACCCUGGACAAUGCACCAGUUAAUACCUCGAUGGUUGGCCACUUGAGAAAAAAAAUUGGCAGAUAGGUAUCUUGUGCAUCAUAGUGGAAAAUUAUUGCAUGUUAGAUGUGCUGCACAUGUACUGAAUCUAGUGGUGCAAGAUGGGCUCGACGCAAUGGCGUCAGUUGUUGAUAGAAUCAGAGAAUCAGUGCAGUAUGUCAAGAGUUCGCAAGGCAGAAUGGAGAAAUUCAAUGCGAUGAUCGCGCGGGUGGGACUUGCUUGUAAAAACCAUCCUUCCCUGGAUGUGCCUACCCGAUGGAAUUCAACGUACCUAAUGCUUGAAUCAUCAUUGCCGUUCAGAGCAGCGUUCGAAGCCUUGAAAGAAACUGACAAAGAUUAUAAAUAUGCUCCUUCAGCUAGUGAAUGGGAGAUGGCCAAAGCUAUUUUCCAUCUUUUGGGAGCCUUUUACACAGCCACAAAGAAAAUCUCGGGUAGGACAUAUCCCACCUCUCACCUGUACUUCUAUGAGGUCUGGAAUGUGAAUCAGAUAAUGGAGAAAGAAGUCGUAAGUGAAAAUCCUACCAUUGUUGCCAUGGUGAAAGAGAUGGAGGAGAAAUGGAUGAAAUAUUUUGAGGAGUCGUUCUUAACAAGUUGUCUGCCAGUGAUAUUUGAUCCGAGGAUACAAAUAUGAAUAUGUUCACUUCCGAUUGACCGCAACUUUUGGUGGUGGCGCUGAGAAAUAUCUUACCAAGGUGAAUAGUGCGAUGAAGAUCCUAUUUGCUGAAUAUGCAUCUGAAUAUGAAAACACUUCUGAUGAAGGUGAUGAGGUUGCAGAGGAGGAUGGUGAGGGCACUCUCAAUGACUGGGAUAAGCAUUUGAGAUUGAAAAGAUCCCACAACUCAAAUGAGCUACAACGAUAUCUUGAAGAAGACCUGUUUCCUCACUGACAGAAAUUGGAUAUCUUAAAGUGGUGGGAGAUUCACUCCCCAAAGUAUCCAGUGCUUGCGGCUAUAGCACGGGACAUAUUGGCAGUGUCUGCGUCUACAGUGCCUGCAGAGGCUGCAUUCAGCAAUGCUGGAAGGAUCAUCACUGCUCAAAGAAGUAGUUUGACCCCUAGUACUGUUGAGACGCUGAUGUGCCUCGAGGAUUGGUUUCGAGCAGCUGAUCGCCAAAAGGCGGAACCAACAGUUGGAGACCGUGUGGAUGAUCAAGAUGAUGCUGGAACAACCUAGGUUCUUUGAUGUGCCGCCGUGCUGUUGCAUGCUUUCUACCAUGAUGUGAAGAAAGAUCAUGUCACCAAUAUUCGGAGCAUACAGUCAUAUAGCCCUGUCAAGUUUGCCAUUUGUGAUGUACUAUGUGUUCACAGAUUUUACCAUUAUCAGAUGUAAUGUGUGUUCAAAAAUUUACUUUCAUUUGUGAUGUUAGAUGUCAGGUUUACCAUUGUUAGCAUAUGGUGUACAAUCUGGAUGGCUGUAGCCUGAACCAAAGUUGUAUUCUGAGAAUUUUCAUUAGUACUGUAGACUAAAUAACUAGCAAUCAUAUUUGCCUGUA